GUCAUCUAGGUGAGGAAAGGUGAAGUUCACGAUUCCCUCGAUUAAAAAAUACUGUAGACGCUUACAGUAGAAAUUGCGUUUUAGAAGCGGUGUUGUUUGCUGUGGCGGCAAAGGAAAUAUUAAGGGAAGCCAGAAAGUAAGCGACGUCGUUUAAAUGAAAGAAGUAAGAAAGUUAGAAAGUUUUUUUUUUCCCACUAUAGUGCCAGCUAGCGUUAGCUUAACUUAUAUCAGCCUUCGUUACUUUGCGUGUCCAAAGCUUCUUAGCUAACAUUAGCGAGCAGUAAAUCAGGAAUUAUUACUACUAAAUUAUUACUGACUGCAAACACACACAGUCUAAUGGGAGAGCUGGCUACGUUACUUAAAGACUGGACCUGUGUUGGGCAGAGAAACAUUUAGCCAAGUUAGCUUCUUUUUUUGAAGGACCGUGACAGUCUGCAAAUCCCAGCAGGUGAUCACAGCAAUAAGAAUAAGUGACACAGAGAAGGAAGAAGAAGAAGAAGAAGAGGAGGAGAAGAGACCAAAAGAGGAACAGGACGACACCGAAUGGAUCUCUGUCCAUAACAUCAUGGUGUAUCCCACCCCUACUACCUGCUGCUGGAAUCUGAGCUGGGAAGUUUGUGAGGGAAUGAACUUAUCGAAGGGGCCAUUGGUGAACAGCAGCAGUGAAGAUAACUCCAAGUCAACCUAUAGUAAAUGCGGCGCUGGCGCCUGGAGGAUGCACCAGAGCUACGAUCCACUAGAGGCCAACCACAUGAGAGACGCACAUGCCCUCUACAACCCCAGGCUUCUCUGCAGAAUGUCCAGUAAGGAGCGCCACCUUGAGUCCAACUGUCCGUCUUCUUAUAUAAAGACUGAGCCGUCUAGUCCUGCCUCCCUGACUGACAGUCUAAAUCAUCACUCCCCUGGUGGCUCCAGUGACGCCUCAGGCUCCUAUUCGUCCACGAUGAACGGCCACCCCAACGGCUUAGACUCCCCGAGCCUUUACGGUUCCAAUGCAGGGCCCCUGGGUCCCGCUGGCGGCCCAGGAUCAAAGCGUUAUGAGGACUGUUCAUCAACUAUUGGGGAAGAUUCACAGAUUAAGUGCGAGUACAUGUUGAAUUCGAUGCCCAAAAGGCUGUGUCUGGUGUGCGGGGACAUUGCGUCAGGGUACCACUAUGGAGUGGCAUCCUGUGAGGCCUGCAAGGCCUUCUUCAAACGCACCAUCCAAGGCAACAUUGAGUACAGCUGUCCAGCAACCAACGAGUGCGAGAUCACCAAGAGGAGACGCAAGUCGUGCCAGGCCUGCCGCUUCAUGAAGUGUCUCACUGUGGGCAUGCUGAGGGAGGGUAAGGGAAAAGGUGUUCGUCUGGACAGGGUUCGCGGUGGGAGACAGAAGUAUAAACGCCGGAUAGAUGCAGACAACAGUCCAUAUCUGAACCCACAGCUGGCUCUGCCUCCCAAGAAGCCAUUUGCCUUUGGCUGCCUUGCAGAUAACAAAAUCGUCUCUCACCUGCUGGUGGCCGAGCCAGAGAAGAUUUACGCCAUGCCUGACCCAACAGUACCAGACAGCGACAUCAAGGCUCUGACUACGCUGUGUGACCUGGCGGACAGAGAGCUGGUGGUUAACAUCGGCUGGGCCAAACAUAUCCCAGGUUUCUCUACGCUGUCUUUGGCAGACCAGAUGAGUCUACUGCAAAGUGCAUGGAUGGAGAUCUUGAUCCUACGCGUUGUGUACCGCUCACUGUCCUUUGAAGACAAGUUGGUGUAUGCCGAGGACUACAUAAUGGAUGAGGACCAGUCGAAGCUAGCUGGACUUCUGGACCUGAACAAUGCCAUCCUACAGCUGGUUAAGAAAUACAAGACUAUGAAACUAGAGAAGGAAGAAUUUGUCACUCUCAAGGCCAUUGCUUUGGCUAAUUCAGACUCCAUGCACAUUGAAGAUGUGGAUGCAGUGCAGAAGCUCCAGGAUGUGCUCCAUGAGGCCCUGCAGGACUACGAGGCUGCUCAGCACCAGGAGGAUCCCCGCCGGGCGGGCAAGCUGCUCAUGACCCUCCCCCUGCUCCGCCAGACCUCCACCAAGGCUGUGCAACACUUCUACAGCAUCAAGCAGGAUGGCAAAGUCCCAAUGCACAAACUCUUCCUGGAGCUGCUGGAAGCCAAGGUCUGAGGACGUAAGAAUAGACGGAAGGACAACUUGACGCCAGUCUGAACCACCUGAGCUUCAACUCAAACUCUCACUUUGAAUGACCUCUUGCUCUUUUACACGCACACAUUCUAACACACACGCACACACACACACAGAAAUACGUCCCUGAAGUAUGUCUGCUGACACAUCCCCCUAUGAAUAAACAAGUAACCUAAACCUCUUACCCGAACCUCUAAACCUCCACCGUCUUUGGCAAAAAGGCGCUCACUUGACCUUUUGUUUUUGGGGAAGAUGCUGACAAACUGACAUGACGCCCCUCUUACCAAGGGAAGAUUUCCUUUUAAAACUAUUAACAGGCACUUACCAGUUACCACGGUGGCGCUGAACAUUGAAGAUGGCAAAACUCUUAUGCAUUUAAUAACAACUAAGAUGUUAUUAAUGACAAACACUUACGAGAACACAUUUAAAAGAAACUAAAAACUCUUCAUUUUAGUCCUGAGAGACUGUAAGACUGCACUCGUGUCUCCUUUUCCCUCUCUAAUUUCCCCAAACAGAGUUUUUUUAAGUGUUCAAGAAGACGACGAGUGGAGAAAAAAUGAACACUAAAGAAGUAUUAAUGACGUUUGUUGUCAAAUUACAUGUACAAUGAAGUUUGGAUGGAUGGACAGAAAGAAAAGAAGAGGAGAUUUGCCCUGCCAAAGAAUGGAGCUCAUCCAUUCAGAGGAUGCCAGCAAACCUUACUUUCACAACCCAAAACUGUUUCUGCUAUGAUCUACCAGUGGCUUUCAGUGCUGGGCCUUGAGAGUGCUGCUGGUUUUCUGCUCCGCCAGUUAUUUUAAAAUGUUUCUGGUCAUUAUGAAAACCAGCAGGGCUCAAUGUUUGAAGGACCAGGAUUGGAAACCACUGCUGUAAACACUUUCUGAUUCUCCCUGAAUUCAGCUCCUAGUUUCCCAUGAUUCCCCUACUUCAACUGCAGCGUUACUAUUUGUUGAGUACCGGUGACCCUGGUCUCCCAAACCUGUCUGUAUUAACACAGUAUUAGUGUUUGCACACUCGACAUGGCUGAAAAUGCUUUCAAAUAUCCAAACCACUCGAGGUGUGAUUGGUUGACAGAGCUGAUAAGUGAAAAAAAUCUUACUAACAAAUAUCUAAAUAAGACUUGAUUUAUACCGUCAAGAAUGGAUCCCUGCUUGUCCAGCUGGUAGGCUCAGUCCACAUUCUCUGUGAUGCUAUUUAUUCUGUCAGACGCUCCUCUUGUGAUUGAACGUUUGUUUGAAACAUUUCUAGCCUCGUAGUGGCCCGGGUUUGUAGCUCUCCACACACACACACACACACACACGCACACACAAGUCAGUAGAUAUUUCAGUCUGUCAAUGUGCCAUUAAGAAUAGUCCAGUCCAUGCUCAUUACCCAAACUCCAAAAACUGCAAAGUCACGUCAGUACUUCCCUCGUUGCUCUGUUGCAUUCACAACUUCCAGCUCAUCUCUUGCAUCAGUACAGAGAUAUUUUGUGAGUCAUUAAGGGAGUGAUGAGGGGGAUUCAGUCACUCAACGCAAUACAAACCAGAAGGAAAGGUGUGCUGACUAAACUGACUGAAGAACAACUAUUGUUGCUUUCAAACUCCUUAUUUUUUUCUUUAUUUCUAUCUUGAAAAUAAUCUUAGCGAUGAUACCAGUAUUAGGGUUGUAAAUAACUGUCAUCCUGUAUAUGACACAUAACAUGGCUUUGUUUUUGUUAUUAAUAUUGUCUUCUUAAAACUGAAUCAAUCAAUAUGUCUUUCCUUUUUUCUAUCAGCUUGACCACUUUCAGCAAUUAUCAUAUAUAUAUAAAUAUAACAAGUAAUAAUGUAUUAACAAAUCAGCGUUUAUCUUAGAAAACUCUGAGCAAUAGUGGUUUUUAAAGGAGGGGUUUGUGCAUAUGGACUAAGUCUGCAAUAUUAACAUAACGUGCCAGUCUAAAAUUUGGGAGAGAGAGGAUGAGGAUUUGAGGAGAGUUUGUAGCUUCUCUUUCUCUCUGUGUAACUUGCCAUAAGCUAUUAGAUAUCGGUCAAUAUUUCCUUUGUUAGAGACAGUUAGGCAGGAACAAAUAUGGACCAUGAGAUGUUAAUGCUCUCACAUAAAAGCUGUGUGAAGAAUAGUUAUUAUGUGGGUUGAAGAAGCAGCACAAGCAGCUAAAAGAUCCAACAUCUAAUUUGCAUUAUCACACGGUUCUGAUGUUUGCACCUUUCUUGUGACCAGGCUCUUUUUGCUGUCACUUUUAAUCUGAUUAAAACAAGACAGUCCUUUGUUUAAAAUCAACUGUUAAGUAAUACACAGUUUUUGUCUUUGAGAUGUGUGUUUCUUCAGCCUCUUGUGGCCGAGUGCGGGGACCAUCAGAAUAAUCUGAUCUGUGCUGACGGAGAUGGUACGAAAUGCAAAAACAAAAUAUCAUCCAAUUUAAAAAAAACAAACAGUUUCUUGUUAGCUCGCUAUUCCACUUCUUGUUGUUAGACACUUUAUUUUAAGGGAAAUGUUGAUGUGUUGUAAUAAAAGCAACAGUCCUACCAAAUAUAAUCUAAAUGGAUUAAAUUAAUGAUAGUUAGCCUUUAGAGUAAAUUGUACAGGGGAAUCCAUCCAUACAGGCAGUUUUACUGAUAUACAUACAUUUGUUUCUCAGCUUUGUGUUGUACUUAAAAUCUACAACAUUGCCUGUGUUUCAAAUGAACUCACAGAGGUCUCAUCAAAUUGCAUUUUUGAAAAUGUGUACUUAAUUAACUUAAUUAAUUAAACUCGUAUCAACACAGACUUUAAAGUGUUUUUUUUUUCAGCAUAAAAAAUGCCUGUUUCAGGGGCAAGGCAUGGAAAGCUGAGCUAACAGGAAACUGUCUGACAUCGUACAGUCGAGUGAAGAAACAGUGUUUCAUUGUUAUAGCAGGACUGCAUACUAUGCGGUUGACUGAUCACAGCUUUAACAGGUGAAGACAGUUGAUGAAUUGUUUUUAAUAAAUCAUUAUUUAUGUAAUUUCUAAAGCCGAAUAAGAAUGCCAAAAUGUGUAAUCUAGACGACGGUGCAAUCUAAUAUAAAAUGGCAACUUGUCACAGCUGAGGAGUGCUGCAGUUUAAGUGUAGUUGAUCUCUAACAUCACACGCUCUGUAUCAAACAUCAGUAUUAUUAGUAAGGGGUAUUUUCUCAGCCUUCUUAAACAUUGUAUAUUGUAAAUUAUACAGAUUAUAAUUCUAACAUAAGACAUUUUAUUGGAAACAAAAUCGAGAAAAAAAAGAAAAAAAAAUGUAGUUCAGCCUCGAUGUGUGUUUCAUGUUCGCUGUUUUUUCUGUCAAGAAAAAACCCUGUUUCUUUGUUUUUAUCUGUUUUUGUUUAAAGUCCUCUUUCUGUUCGGUCCUUUCCUCCUCUGUUGAGUCCUCUAAGGCGUUGCUGUGUACUUUUUCUUGUGGUGAUUCCCGUUCUUGUGCCGUGUGCUUCUUCUUUAGACAACACAGAGUAGAGUAGAGGCCAUGUUGUCUGUCUGUCGGAUCAGUCCGCUGGGGUUCUGGGUACCGGAUUCUCUCCCAAUGAACCGAACCGGAUAUAAGGCUCUUCUUCUAGAAACUUAACUAGACCACCAAGAUCAAAUUACAGUAUUCAUCUUUACCAAACUAUACAUAAAUAAUUAAAUAUUUAGUAUCUAAAUGAAGAAACACCAUACAAGUAUUUAAAAAGGGAUCAUUUGUGUAACUUUCCUGUAGAAUAAACAAUAUACUGUAUAUCUUUAGGUUUAAUAACGAUGAAAUGAAAAGGACAUUUGAGUAAUUCAGAACUGUAGGUGACUCUUUUUUGAUAAACUCGCUGUACAUAACUGCCUUCCAUACAGCUCGGCUCAAUCAUUAUCUUUACCGUUUCAGCAGUCAAAAAGACAAAAUAUGACGAUAACAACCUUUUUUUCCCCCAUUGUUGUGUCCCAUUUUUCAGCUCAUUUCCAGGAAAAUAUCUUCUUUUACAACAAAGAGUAAAAAUUGAUCGAACAAGUGAAGGUUACGACUGAAGGUUUUUGUGGGUUGAUGGCAAAUGUUUAAGAAAAAGCUUGACAUGUUUAGUUUGCUCUUGCUUUUUCUCUUCACCAUGCACUCAUUUCACUGUGGGACAUGUUUCUGCUUUGGCCCCAGUUAUUAUACUCAUUGUAUGUCUUUAUACACAUUUAUAGAUUUAUAGAUUCUGCGCUACAAAUAGCAUAAAUUCAAAGAGUCUACAACUCGUCAAAGGUCUUAAACGUCCGUGUUUUUAGAGAGGAAAUAUACAUACCAUAUUUCACAGGUGCAUAAAAGAUAUUUAUAAGUGAAGUCCCCAAUGACAGAGUUGAAUUUCCCGUUUUGAUUGUAACUUUUCAUUGUCAGAACGAUGAUAUUUCUUAUCAUCUGCUGUACAUUAAUCUACAAACAACAUAUGGAAGAAAGGUGCUCUUUUUUAUGAUUGUUUCUCUUCUGUUAUAGUUUUACUUUUUUUAUUUGUUAGUUGUCAAACCAAUCCUCUGUAUUUCUGAUCAAAUCAACAUGUUGAAAGAUGUUACAUGUCUCCCUGAAGUGAUUAACGCUAAGCUGGAUUUGGGUUGAUACUGAUUUUGUAGAAUGUUUCCAAAUUUAUUUAAAUAUCGAAUUAUCAGUGUUGAUUUCAAUUGAUGGUCAGCUGGGUGACUAGGAUCACUGAAUGAACGCAAAAUCAGAUGACUAAAAAAAAGAACAAACCCUUCCAGCUUAUGAAAUCAUGAGGGAGAUGGUGUUAUUCUUUCAUAGGUUUUGAUAUAACCUGCUGCUCAUAGCCAAGAUAUGAUUUAGAUGUGCAAGACGAAAGAGAUUUCCCUUGAACAUUUUUUGUUUUAAAUGCAAUAUUUUAAUGACCGUACAAUGACGAACACAAGAGUUGCACUUGUUUGUGUUGGGUUAUACAUCCAAAUGCUGUUGUAGCUCUUAAGAUUAUCUUGCAGUUAGUGUUAAAGCAUAUAAAUGACAACAAACCAAACUGGUAUUUUCUAUGAGGAGCGCUGGAAGAAGAACCGACUGGGUUUUUGCAGAGCCAAUGAUAGAAAGAGUUUGACCUGGUUGCACUUUGGGCACCAUGUUAUUGCCCUCAUUUUGAACGUAGAUCCAUUAGCUCCGAAUACUCUAUAUAACAAUAGUUUGGCUGGAAAAACAGAAGGUUAUUUAGGCAUAGCGACAAAGCAGGAUUGUCCGUCUACCAUGGCUGCCCCUAAAAUCUGCUAAGGCCAAACUGUGUCUAUCUACAGCUCUACAGUGUUUAGUCAUUUAGUUGUAUUUAAUCCCCAAAUGUAACUGCCACUUGUGCUGCAGCUAACCCUGCAGCGUGAAUUUGCAAAUGUGAAGAAAAUAUUUAAGGGAGAGAGAAAGACAACACAUUUGGAUACAAAGGAUAUUUGAAGAUAAAAGGACCCUUGUGUGGCGGAGACGAGUUGUGUACGAGAGAAGACCCUGUAGUGUUAUUAAAAACAUGUCCGUAGAUUUUAGAUGUGCUUCACAUCAGUAAAUGAAAAAAAAAAAAAAGAAACAAUAACCUGUAUAUUUUUGUGACGUGUAUCAUACAAGUGUGCUCCAACAAUAAUGUCCAUUUGUGUAAAUGUAUUUAUUUCACAUUGUAUAUAUUGUUCAAUGCAAAAAGAGAGACCUAUGAUUCUGUAACUUAAACUACUAUGGGUUGAAACAUUACAUGUGUUACUCCAGACUAUGCCUUUCAGGAUUAUUACAGUAGAGCAAUAUCAAUUAAAACCAGGCUUCCAGUUUUGA